CGAACGAUCCUCAUCAAGGCCCCAUUGUACAAGGAAAUCAAAGCAUUCACACUGAGAGAGAAACUACUGAAAGACUUCAAUGGCCUAUUGUACAUGCACUUCCUGACCACCUGUCUGACCCUGGUGACGACCUUUUACUACUCUUUUCUAUGGACCUUCCCAGUUUUUAUUUUUGCCGUUUUGUUUCGUCCCCAGUACACAAGAGUUGGAGGAUAUGUUGGAAAUAACACUCAUUUGAGAUUUAUUUUCUGUAUUGCAUACUUCUUGGCUUCUCUGGGGACACUAGGAGCAGCUAUUUACAUGUCUGCCACAUCCUGGACGGUGAUUGUGAAUCAUGGCUGUAAGGACUGGGAGUUUAUCAGUGACUGCUCUCAUAAGAACGUCUUCACCGCGAUAUUCUUCGCCAUGCAGUCCCUCCUUCUCCUUCUGUCGGCCAUUGUUGUGGGUGUGUUGUUCUUCAGUUUUAGACUGGAGAUUGGAGAUUAUAUUGAACAAUUCCUAGUUCAGGAGAGGGAUAUUGAAAUGGUGAUGGCAGCCGCACGCAAUGGAAGACUGAAGGACAAGAGAACAGCUGCGUAUGAGCUGGCAGCCAUGGCAGCCUCUGGUGACGACAACAAAUUCAGAAUCGUUGCAGAGGGAGGUUUGGAGGUUCUGCUAGCUCUGGCAAUGAGUACAGAUGAAGGAACACAGGAGCACGCGGUGGAGGCUCUAGAGGAACUCAUCACCAUCCCCUCCAUACAGGACAACUUUGUGGAGAUAGGAGGAGUGAAGGCUUUGACAGCACUACUCCACUCAGAGAAUUCCCGAAUCAUGCAGGAAGCUGCCAGUGCCAUCUAUGGAAUAGUAUCAGAGUCUGACGAACACAAGAGUGCCGUAGUCAUGGAUCAUGGAAGCAAUGAACUUACGUCACAAACACUAGAACUUCUGGCAAUAGAGAGUUCUGACAUGAUCUGUGCCCAGGAAAAUCUACUUGAGGUUCUUUUGGAGCUUCCGAUGAAUACCAUGGAUGAAAAGUUGUUCCUUUUGGCAGGAAAAAUUCUCCUGUACUAUGCAGAAAAUAGACAUACGUGUGAACUACUGAUGGAUCACACCAUGCUGAAGGAGUCUCUGAGUAUGUUUGCCAGAACCAAGGACCCCAUGCUGCAGAAAGUCGUGGCUAAAAUCAUCUUCUGUAUGCUGGAGGCUGCAGAUCUACGUGUGCGGGCUCGGCGUCUGAAGUUGGACCGGGUUCUGGAGUAUAUAAUGGAUAACUCUGCUGACAGGGAGGCGUGGGACAUGGCUGACCAAGGCCUACAGGUGAUGAAUUCCAAGGACGACCACGCCCCCGUCCCAGCUCUUCCCUCCCUCAGUACACUGGAAAAACUCAACAAAAUGGCCGCCAAGGAUUCGUUUGGAUCUCGCGCUUCCCUGCGUUCUGAUCCGGGCUCAUCUGGAGGCUCAUCUGAUGACGUAAAGAAGGGACUCAACUGAGGAUACCCUCCUCCCCACGCAAUAGACUCAUUGUUAAAACCUCCUGUUUCAUGUCAACGUUAAUUAACUUUUCCAAGAUAGUAUUUUAUGUUUGUUAGAAUAAAAUGAUCUAGUAUUCUAAUUAU